GAAAACAGCACUCUGACACCCUCACACACUGAUGUUUACCUGACAGGAUGCUUUGCAUGAGCUGCGCACUUAACGAGCGGAAUAACGUGUACACAGACACAGUUUCUAGACGCUCUUUGCACCAAACUGUCCGCGUGCUGACUCGUGUUGUCCUCCUGUUGUGUUGUGGAUUGCACCACGAUGCCAUGAUAGGGGCGUAAUCUCAUGCGCACUUUCUAAAAAACAAUAUCACGCUCAGUGAUGCGCCGGAGGUGAGGCUGAUAAUGCAGAGGCAGGCUGCAGAUGCGGAGGCAGGCGCUUCGCACAUCUCUCCAGUUUGACUGACAUGCUUGUUAUUAGGCGAAGAUGCGUUAAUCAGGAGCUGUCAGCCUGACACAUUCAUGAACAGAUGGAACAGGUAGCCAAACGUGUAAGAUGCCAUAAGGAAAAUCACUGGAAAUCCCAAAUUCCCACAGCUUUGCACAUGAGGCUUGGGUCCUACACAUGGAUAAACUGGGGGAGGAGAGAGCACAGUGAGGCUGUCAUGUAAGCCGUCUCCUCUGGGGCCACCUCUCAGUGCGUGCUGCUUCCUGCCUUAGGUAGAAACCUCAGUGUUUCUUGCUGCUGAGGCAUCAGACUGCUCGCUCUCCUCUCCUCUCCACUCCCUCCUGCUGAGCAGGCAACAGCUCCACUCUCAAAGCACUGAAAUGGAGAAGAGCUGCUCAGAGUGUUCAGAGCCCACACUUGCACAGAGCCUGUGUACACUCUGCAACAAGUGGUUGUGUUACCAGUGCACAGAUGUGCAUCAGCAUCAGAAAGCCCCUACAACUUCCCAGUACAUAGACCUGCACCAACAACAGAGGCCCAGUGCCACCCAGUGUCCUGACCUGCACCAGAGAGGUUCCAGCUCCCUGCCUCCGACUGGACAAGGCCCGGGGUCAUAUCCUUGUUCCCUCCUCAUGUGCCACUCUCACAGACAGGAGCCCUUGGAGCUGUUUUGUGAGUCAUGUGACCUUCUGUGCUGUAGCAGCUGUCACCUGUCCUCCCACAAAAACCACAGGGUGGUGCAGAUCACAAAGGCCCUACAGGAUCAGCAGUGGCUGUUUGAGAGCCUGAUGGUGCAGGUGGAAGAGAGGAGGUCUGCAGUGGAGAACAAUGCUAAACAGAUAGAGGAAAGACUUCAUGGAGUAAAGAUUGCACACAGGAAGGCAGAGAACCAGAUUAAAAUGGCAAAGAUGAUUAUGAUGAACGAGCUUAACAAACGAGCCAACCUAUUAAUAGAGCAACUGGAGAAAAUCUCAGAGGACUUCCAGCAGCGUCUGGAGGACCAGCUGCAGGGGGCAAUCGAGAUAUGUGGCCAGCUGGACCAUGUUCAGAAGUUCAUCGCCUGGGCUACGACCCACCACUGCAGAGGCCCGGUACUCUUCAGCAGGGCUCUGAUUUCACUCCAAAUGCAGCAACUGAUUGAGCCGUUGAUCCACCUGGACUCUUGGAGUCCUGUUAAGAUCAAAUUCAACUGGGAUGCCAGUUACUGGACGAAGCAGGUUUCCUCUUUAGGCCAGCUGACUGUUGAAGGAGGAAACUGCACUUAUCCUCAGGGCUUGGCCUGCUCCAGUAUUCUCAGGCCUCAGCCCAUCACCUGCUUGGCUCUGCCCUCUGUGUGUCACAGAGGACGAGAACCGGGCUGUGGGUACCAGGCCUGCUGUGAGCCCCAGAUGUGUUGCCUGCAUGGCAUCCCCUCUCAGCCCGAUCUGUCCAGUGUAGACAAAAGCCAGCUGGAAGCCACAUUUUAUAACACCAGCUGUGUUCAGCCUGGCCUUAUUUCUGCCUCCUUGCACCAGAGCCAGCAGCUCCAGAGGUGCUGGGACCCAGACAGCUUGUCGCAAUGUCCUCCCACUUCAUCACCUGUCCCAAUCAUGGGACCCAUCCAGCUCAACUGCAGUCGAGGAUCUACAUCCCAGCCACAAGCUACUGCAUCUCAGCCCCAGUCUCAAACAAAAUCUUAUCUCUAUCACCAACACCAGAGAGACGCUCUUACAGACAGCCAGGAUCAGCCAAGCGCAGACCGUAGCAGGCCAGGCCAGUGUCAGGGGAAGCUGUCGACCAGCACCGCUCUGCUUCAGGGUCUCAGCCGCACAGCUGUGGCCAGAGAUGUGAUGACUGAAGAGAACUGGGAGGAGAGAUGCAGACUGGAGGCGACUCGUAGACAAACAGCGGGGACUGAAAUUAGAGAUCUUCUGGAUGAGGCGCUGCAGCAGGACAAGAGGGAGCAGAGUCCGGUCCAAAAGCAGCAGCAGCAGCUCCGUGUUCCUCCGGCAGCAGAGCUGAGAAAAGAACACCAGAGAAACAGACCUGCACUGACGCUCAGAGACCACAGAGAUGGCAGGAGAUCCACAUCCCUGGAGGUGUCUUUGACAGCCCACGAGUGUGCAUCUGAUGUGCAGAGCAGCAGACCCAGCCCCAGUUCAGUGUGCACAAGGAGGACGAGACGCUCCCAGAGCAUCCCGGCAGAACUGGCAGCACCAUCCGCCAGCCCUUACACUGAAAGGCCCACAGGAUGCACUCCCGGCCUAGAGACAGGAGCGGCGAAUAAGUAUGCCAGUAUGGAUCCCAGACAGAGGAGAGCUUCAGAUGGGGUGCUUUGUACUGUCAAAGAAACUUUGUCUGACGCUGUCCCCACCAGAGGCCACCGGUCUCCUCUACUGUCCUAUAAGACAGAGCCAGAUCAUUCUUUCACUUAUGUAAAUGAAGAGACUGAUUAUGAGGCCAAGGAGAAAUGUAGGGUGUCUAGAACUGACAACAACAGUGACAGGGAUGUUCAGAAGGACUUAGGAAGCUCCAAGGUUCCAGUGGUUUGCUUAGAGCGUCUCAAAAUACUUGUGUCUCAACUCCCCCCACAUGGACGACGUCAGAGUGACCCUUUACCUGCCAGCGGGGCAGAAAAGAGCCAAACUAUCCUUCAGCAGAGACCCUGGCACGAUGCAACACCCGAAGGGAUAGCUGGAGGCACGGAGACCACAAGGGCCAACCGCUCUCUCACAGCGCCACCAUAUGCAGAGAGCCAGAACUGUAAUCAGUCUGCCACACACUCGACCACCCGUGAGUUUGACAGCCGAGGGACAAUCAGCUCUCGUAAAGCAUCCACGCUGCCACCCACUGACUCACCUAAUUAUGUGCCACAGAGCUACUCUGCACUGGAGCUGGACUCUGACUCCGAUCCAAGAUCAGUCUCAGAAGGCGCAGUGGUUUCUUGGGCUGAUCCAGACCCACAGCUAGACUCAGAUGCAUCACCAGAUUCAGACCCAAACGCAGAGUCUUCAUCUGAGGCUGAACUCGAUUGUCUGGCUGUGGAGAAAUCUCUGGUUGCAGGAGAUCUGGUGCUCUGCGGUGAAACUGAUAUUGCUGGGGAUUCAGAGCCAAGUCUUGAAUAUGAGGCAGACCCAGAAUCCGAUGCAGGAGCAGGAUCAGAGGACGGCCAAGGGCUGGACGCUGAUGUGGAAUCAGGCGAUGCUGAAACAGAGUCAGAUGUCCAGCCUGGCUAUAAUGAUCCCAGGUUUCAGGCAGAGAACUACUCUGACAUUGUAUUUGAUCAGCCUCCGCACUCUCAGGGCUCUGUGGAGUCUGAGUUUGACGUCGAAUCUGAACCUGAACUGGCUACUGACGACCCGCAACCGCUUCGCUCUGACCUGGAAGAUGACGCCCACAUUGUUCCUGGUCAGAGGCCUCUUCUGAUUGCAAACCCUGUCGCUCAAAUAGGCACUGGGGAAGUCCAGCCUGGCGAGGACAAAGCAGAGAUGGAGAGCGAGGACUUCUGUGCUGUGUGUCUCAUUGGAGGGGACCUGCUGUGCUGUGACCGCUGUCCAAAGGUUUUUCAUCUGUCUUGCCAUAUCCCAUCACUGCUAAGCUUCCCCUCAGGCGACUGGGUGUGUAGCCUGUGCAGAGAUGUUGAGCAGCCAGAGGUUGAGUACGACUGUGAGAAUGAGAGAACAUCUGGAGAACACACAUCUGCACAAGGACUGCCUGCAUGUGACCAGAGAAAAUGUGAGCGGCUGACUCUUCUGAUCCUCAGUAACAUCCUGAGUGCUCCAUUUCACGAGCCUGUCAGUCCACUUGCUCGUCAUUACUACCAGAUCAUUAAGAGGCCUAUGGACCUGUCUGUGAUCAGGGCCAAACUCAACAAGAGGAAUCCCCGACAUUAUAACUCACUGGACCAGUUUGUUGCUGAUGUCUAUCUCAUGUUUCACAACUGUGCAAAGUUCAAUUAUCCUGACUCUGAGGUGGCCCAAGCAGGCAGCAGCCUCGAGGCAUUCUUCACCUCCAAGCUGAAAGAAGUUUUUCCAGACACAGUCUUCCCCGCGGCUGAGGCGGACUCUGACAGCGAUGAGUACGAUGAGGCCUACAGGACCGCUGAGAAUGGUUUCCCCUGGCCAGAGAGGAGGGAGCAGUGCCACAGGAAGAGGAAGAGGAGACACUCUCUAAAGUCAAGGAAACAGCACUUCUAACCAGAGGUGAAUGGAGUGCAACCAUGGACACAACUAUGCUGUAUUUCUGUGUCAUUUUUAUUUUUUUUAAGUGGCAGCCUGUGGGGCUGUAAAGACAUUUCCAUUCUGUAAUCUGAAAGUACCCCUAAUUUGCGGUUUGCAAUAAUAUUACAGUGCUGCCAUCCGAUGGCAGUGGAACAUAUUGAAAAAAAUAUUUCAAAUAUCUGAAAUGAAGAAGCUGUUAUUAUCUCUGCAGAGAGAGGAGCAGAGAGUGUAAAAACUAUAUGCUACACAUUUGGAUAUAUCUGUAUCUCUUUGGAGAAAUCCAGCAGUUGUUGGUUUACUUCUGUAGCCAAGUUAUGAUAGUGAGGUGAUGCUGUAAUUGUUGUCAUAUUAUACUUUGCCCAUUGAUGAAUUGAUUAGUUACUGGAUUUACAUUCAGACUUCCUAUGAUCACUUAUCUGAUGUUAAUGGAUGCUGCAGUUGGAUGUUUAUUAAUCUCACUUUGCAUCUUUAUUAAGUGGAUUUUUUAGGUGAACAUAGCUCUGAUUACACAAAGCACUUUGAAACUUUGAUAUUGGCAAAUACUGUAUUUACCAUCCCCGUGACCCUAUAUGCAGGAUAAGCGGUUGACGAUGGAUGGAUGGAUGGUUGGAUGUAUUUACCAUAUUCGUAAACAUAUGUAUACAUGUGUAAUUGUACAGAACUUUAUUUUACUAUAUUUGUCCUUUCAGUUACUAAAUGAUUGCAGGCAAUUGUCAUAGGUUUGAUUAUUGAUAUAAUUGUGUGUCUCAGUAGCUUUAAAAAAAAACAGCAGCAGUGAAUCUUAGCAGUCUCUUGCCUUUGUCUUUUUGACCAGAGUGAUACAGAAUGUGAGGGCACUAUUAAACAGUGUUAGAGCUCAACAGGGCAGAUGUAUUUUCAUGUUUGUUAGAGGACUUAAUAUCCAGAUGAAAUGAUACAUUUUUAUUUUACAUUUAACCAGAAAUUAAAUUUGUGUAUAUGUUACGUAGCCUUUCUGUUCCACCAGUGUUUCAGCAAACUGUUGUACUCUUCUGUUUUCCAAAUAUCUUGGGCUUAUUAAGAGUGUAAGGUAUUGAUAUCAUUCAGUAAUGGUGAUUAUAAAAAUGUCCUUGCUAUUGGUAGAGCUGCUCUGUGGAGAGGGAAUAUGUCAUUUUAUGAUAGCCGCUGUUGUAGAGCAUUUCCUGUUUUUAAACAUUCUUUACUUGCUUCCUGCAGCUUAAAAUAGAAUUUACUUGACAUUUAGAGUAAUUUUCUGCACAAAUUAUUGUCUGUGCACUCCUUGAUCAUUGUCAAGGGUAGUGAAUAUACAGUAAAUGUAAUGUUACUUCCUUUCAAAUCAAUCGAUGUAAUAAUAUUUCCUAUUGUAUGACGGAAGACUGAUAAAGUAGAGUUACCGUCACUGUUGUCACUUUUCUUUCUUUCUUUUUUUACUCUUAAGUCAACGAUAAAUGCACAUAAAUUGCUAUCAAUAAAAUGUAUACAAGAGAAAAUA